AUGCUCUCCACUAUCUUGUCAACUGCAAUUUUCAUCUCUCUGCUAAGCAGCGCUGCGGCCAACUCCUUGGCAGCUGCAAAGCAUCCAAGCAACAUUUCAGAUCUAACAUUACUUAACAACUCACGAGUCUACGAAGCUUCAUUGACUUCCAACCUCUCAAACACUCUGAGCUCUCGCAUACUUCUUCCCUACAGCUUCUCCGUCCCCAACACCCAGAUCUACCUCCGUCUAGGCUUCGGUUACCCCCGCCACCGCCUUGACCUCAUGAGCAUGGGUGGUCUUAUCGCCGUAAUACAGCAUGACAUUGCCGAAACCAUCGAGAUUGAAGGUGAGGAUGCCUUUCCCGUUCUCGACAUUGACCAUCGACAGAGAUUGGCAUAUACGCUGGGCGACGGCUUUUAUCUCGUCGUGCGGAGUGUCAAGGGUUCGCAAAGACUUUUCACGUGGCGGGAGUUGAGCAAUGUUGUUGAGGGACUGUGGUUGUUCUUGAUUGUUGGGGAGAGAAAUUAUUGCACGGAAUUUAAGUUUUGGGAUGGGCCGGGGAGGUGGAUGGUGGAACAUUUAGGAAGUGGGGGAAUUGUGUUGGAUAGGAGUGGGGCGGAGGAGGUUGCAGAUGAAAAGAGUUGA